AUGGCAGCCGCACUCAACAUUGUGCGUCAGAGCUUAUUUGCCGGCAGCCCAAGAUAUACAGAAAAUGAUUUACCUGAUCUCAAGGGCAAAGUAAUUGCCAUCACAGGCUCAAAUACUGGUGUCGGGAAAGAAAUCGCCAAGAUGGUCUACAGCAAAAAUGCAAAAGUCUACAUGUUCGCACGAACAACAACGAAAAAUGAAAAAGCUCGUGACGAGAUCAAAGCAGCUUUCCCAGACUCACGAGGCGAAUUGAUUUGCAUCCAGCUAGACCUCGCCGACCUCGACAGUGUUCAAGCAGCGGCUGCAGAAUUCAUCAGCAGGGAAGAUAAGCUUCACGUUCUUUUUAAUAAUGCAGGCGUCGGCUUCCCUGAGUAUGGCUCCAAGACCAAGCAAGGCUACGAACUGCAGUUGGGAGUCAAUUGUCUUGGUAGCUUUGCUCUGACCCAGAGACUGACGCCCGUGUUGGUCAAUACUGCAAAGGCAUCUACACCAGGGACUGUUCGCGUGGUUUGGGCUUCAUCCACUGCUGCCUUUUGGACUUCAACGAAGAAAUACAUAGAACGAGUCAAAGCUAUUAACAAGCAGAGCCUCUUUCAACAAUAUGCAAUCAGCAAGCUCGGAAAUUACUACCACGCCACGGAAUAUGCUGCACGCCGCAAGUGCGAUGGUAUCAUCUCUGUGCCGCUUAACCCCGGCAAUCUCGACUCGGACCUUUGGCGCACACAGGGUAAAUUUCUGACUUGGAUACUUCGAAGAACUGUCUUCUAUCCUCCGUGCUAUGGCGGUUAUGUUAAUAUCUUUGCUGGGCUCUCUCCUGAAGUGACUCUUGAGAACUCGGGCAGAUUCAUUUCACCGUGGGGAAGGUUAUGGCAUGCACUCCCAGCAAUGGUAAAAGGAUCAAAGACGGAGGCUGAAGGAGGAACAGGCCAUGCGAAACGGUUCUGGGAAUGGACGGAGGAACAAGUCUCACAACAUGUGUCUGCUCCUAGUGCCAAGGAGCCCUUAGGUAAUGGUUGUUAA